AUGAGACUCUUUUCAAAAAAGGGCACUGAAAAUAAGAAAGAUUCUAUCAGGACCCCGCCAAUUGAUUGUAAUACUGUCAUCAAAGACCCUCCGAACAAGUAUGGAAAGCCGUCUCGGCCAGAACCAUUGUCCAAAAACGAAUUCGAUCAUUUGAAACAACUAAUUGCAUUUUUCGAGCAACAAGAUAUACUUAUACCUACUAAAUCCCAAAAAUUAGAAACCUCGGGCUAUGAAGUUGAGUUAAACGAACAGCCUCUGUCUGUAUGUGAAAGACUAUGGCUUUCCAAAGAGCGACUUCUAAGGUUCCUGCGAUCGACAAAUUGGGACAUUGAUGAGGCGAUUGCGCGUUUGAAAGCUACGAUUAUUUGGAGACGUGAAUUCGGCUUAUGCGAAGAUGACAACGGCGGCUGCUCAAACUUUGCUGAUAUUGUUGCAACAGAGAAUGAGACGGGAAAAAUGUACUUGCUUGGCUACGAUCGCCAACGGAGACCCUUGCUGCACAUCAAAACUGGACGUCAAACCACCCCUACUAGUUUUGCGCAGAUACAACUAUUGGCAUAUAUGAUCGAGAGCGCAGAAGCCUUAAUGCCGCAGGGCGUCGAACAUUUGACGCUGCUGAUUGAUUUCAAAAACUACAACAAUCUAGCGACACCGCUUGCCCGUCUGCCAGCAAUCUCUGUCAGCAAACAAGUUCUACACUUAGUGCAGCAACAUUACCCAGAAUCACUUGGUCGCGCAGUGUUGACAAACAUUCCGUGGUAUGGCUGGAAUUUUCUCAAGCUUUUCCACCCUUUUAUCGAUCCAAGCACGCGAUCUAAGAUAGUUUACGAUGAGGCCUUCGAGAACUAUGUGGAGAACUCUCAACUAGAGCUUAUUCACAGCGGCAGAUUGAAUUUUGCUUACGAUAACAACAUAUACUUGUCGGACCUGUCUCAAUGUAUUGCAGAGCGCAAAAAUCACAUGCGUGAAAGGUUCUUGGAGCUUGGUGGCUCUGUGGCUUUGAGCGAAUUCGAUUUAAAGGGCGAGCUCAGUUUUACUGACAAAGAUCGCUACCCUCGAGAUUCGAAUCAAAGCCAACCUUGCAAUUUAGACUCAGAAACUGAUUUAACGGGCCUUUAA